CCCUAGAGUUGAAUCCUUCGAUGGAUAUGUUUCUGAUGGCACGCAGGAUGCAGUCAAGACUCAAGCAUGCGUACAGUAGACUUGCUCUGAGACGCCCAUACUCGUCGGGGUUUCGGCAGCCAUCAGAAGCAGCACCAUUAAAGCGUUCAGCUACUAAUACUCGUUGCAAGCCAAAUAAUCUUCCAAGCCCAUUUCAAGUAUCGUCUGAUGAAUACACCCGGCAAAAUGUAUCACAGCAAACACUACAAGCCGUUUCUAGCCUAGACUACCAGCAACAAUAUAUGCAAAUAGACAAUUUAAUGCAAGACCAAUCUGUCCAGUGCCACGCCGCCUUGAACCAUCAACACCGUGCUGCUUCAUCUUCAUUUACAUUGUCAGUUGAUGUCAAAUCUUCAACAUUUUCCAACGCGCUUACCGUGUUCAACACGUCACACGCGUCACCCCCCAAAAAUCUGCAAACUGACUGUAACGGCAUCUCAAAUUCCUUAUUUCAAGUGGCUGUGGGACAAAGAAUGUGGACGCGUCCAACUCAUUCCUCCAAUGCAUCCAACAUUGGUAAUAGGGUCGUUGCGGUUGAUUCUAUAGAAACAGCGAAGGAUGCUGAUAUGGUGAGUGCUGGUAUGGUCAAAGCAAGCGGGUGCCAGAUGGCAUCAUCCCUUGUUGAUGAAAUUCCAUUGUCUAAAUCGGCUGGUCUACUCUUUCCAAAAACUGUCUUUGACGUGUCUGCAGCUACAUCUAAAGAUACCCCAAAUGCGGCCUUGCAAUCCUCUGUAUUCUGUGUUGAUUCGCUGAUGCCCUCCUGUCUGCAUGAUAAUAUUGCAAGUGGAAAAAUCAUUGGCGAUCAUACAGUUCCUUCAUGCAUAUCUUCAUCAGCCAACUCGCAUAAUACCUCUUUGCCUUCAUUUGCAGCUUGUUUCGAACCAAUGGUAUCUACUUUACCUACUACCGCACCACGAUCCUUGUCCGCCUUCAAGUCACCACCUCCUCAAUCACACUCUCGUUACUCUCCAACUCGAUACUCUACUUUUGAAAUGGCCGCCGCUCUUUCGUUGUCUUCAUUAGGCCAUUCUAUUGCACAGCCGUUGUUUGCUUGUGGAAACAGUGGCGCCGAAGUUAAUAAUCUAGCUCGUUGUACGCCUUUGCUUGAGUCGUCUACUCCAUCCUCAGCAUUAUCUGAUCUAUCACUUUCGCCCGAAAGCGCUAGAUCUGUUACCACCCGUGCAGCUUCAGAUGAAUACAGACCCUUGAUACUAAAUAAUAUCAGUCCUUCAGACUCAUAUAUUACCGCUACACCUCGUUCCCCCAUCCAACUGCAAAUGCCGAGCUAUUCGAAUAUGCAUGUCCGAGUCGGACAACCUAUGCAGGUCUAGUCUAUUUUCAUUCAUGGCCGAUUGCAUGCUAUCACAUCAAGACUUUAUCUAGUAGAUUGAAGUCUUUUCAUCUUUUCCCAUAGCUGUGGAAUUUGUAUUUCAUUCAUACAUACACAUUCUUAUCCUGAUGAUAGUUAUACUAUCUGCUUUGCAGUUGAACAUGUCUCCAGGGAUAUUUGUCUGCAUCCAUACCCUGCACACCUUAGUUUCGUAUAUCCUUUUUACAUAUUUUAAUACAAACAAUAUU